AGCGGCUUAGCGCCGGACACCAUUAGCAGUGGCGGUGUGGUCGCUCCAGGACUGAAGGAGGCAGAGCUGUCACUUUCCCAAAGAAACUCCACUAAAGAUUCGAAGCAACCAUGCCUUUCGGAAACAGCCAUAACAAGUUGAAGAUGAACUACACGGCGGAGCAGGAGUACCCUGACCUCAGCCAGCACAAUAACCACAUGGCCAAGGUGCUCACUUCGGAGAUGUACGCAAACCUGCGGGACAAAGAAACCCCCAGCGGCUUCACGCUGGACGACGUAAUUCAGACUGGGGUGGACAACCCAGGCCACCCAUUCAUCAUGACUGUGGGCUGUGUUGCGGGAGAUGAAGAAACGUAUGAGGUGUUCAAAGAUCUCUUGGACCCAGUCAUUGAGGACCGCCAUGGAGGCUACAAGCCCACAGACAAACACAAGACUGAUCUGAACCCAGACAACCUUCAGGGUGGAGAUGACCUUGACCCCAACUAUGUCCUGAGCUCUAGAGUGCGAACUGGCAGGAGCAUCCGUGGCUUCUGCCUGCCCCCCCACUGCAGCCGCGGAGAGAGACGUGCAAUUGAAAAUCUGUCUGUUGAGGCUUUAAGUUCCCUAGAGGGUGAAUUUAAAGGAAAGUACUAUGCCCUGAAGAGCAUGACAGAGGAGGAGCAGCAGCAGCUGAUUGAUGACCACUUCCUCUUUGACAAGCCUGUGUCCCCACUGCUGUUGGCCUCUGGGAUGGCUCGUGAUUGGCCUGAUGCCAGGGGAAUCUGGCACAAUGAUGACAAGACCUUCCUUGUCUGGGUGAAUGAGGAGGAUCACCUACGUGUUAUCUCCAUGCAGAAGGGUGGAAAUAUGAGGGAAGUCUUCACUCGCUUCUGCACAGGCCUUACAAUGAUUGAGGGUCUCUUCAAAGAGAAGAGUCAUGAGUUCAUGUGGAAUGAGCACCUGGGCUUCGUCCUCACUUGCCCCUCUAACUUGGGCACAGGAUUGCGUGCUGGUGUCCAUGUCAAGCUGCCCAACCUCAGCAAAAAUGAAAAGUUUGGUGAGAUCCUCAAGAAACUGAGGCUUCAGAAGCGUGGAACAGGUGGAGUAGACACCGCUGCAGUGGGUGGCGUCUUUGACAUCUCCAACGCGGACCGGCUGGGCUUCUCCGAGGUGGAACUGGUGCAGAUGGUGGUGGAUGGAGUCAACCUGCUUGUAGAAAUGGAGAAACGUCUGGAGGCUGGCCAGUCGAUUGACGACCUCAUGCCUGAGCAGAAGUGAACACUUUCAUAACAAUCCCAACUUGACUCCUCCCCAUGCCUCCACCAGUUCUCCCAAAACCAAUAACCGCAUCAAGGAGCACACUCCGCCCAAACGUUAGUGGCACUAAAGUUAGAUGAGUCUUCCAUCAGUCUGAAGGAUUUUGUAUCUGCAAUGUCUUGAGGAUGGCUCUUUAACACCUGAAAUAAAGUUUCUUUGGCCCAUGGAA